AUGCGAGAAGAAGAGCCUGGUAGUGGUGCAACGAGCCGUCGGCACAGCGUCAGCAUCGUCCAACCCCGCGCUAGAGGUGUAGGUUUCCCUGUCAUCUCGACAGUAAGUGGAGAGGAUGCUUCCCAAUCCCGUAUGACUAGUGGUUUGAACCGAUCCAUGUUCUCCGACGAGGAACUAGCUGGUGACUUUACCCUACUCAGUCUCAAUAAUGAUACCCAAGGGGUCAUGGGCGAUCUCCAUUCAUCUGGCGCAACCUCCUACCCUUAUACUGCUGGCGGUUCCAAUAACUAUUUGUACUCUCGACCUAUGAACGGUAUUCAAAGUUCCCAAGGAUACACGACACUCGAUACGCAUCUUCAUGUCAAUCGUACCCCUUCGGAUGGGCGCUCCCCCGUUGUUGGAGACAGUCCUUUCACCAACAGCAAUACUAGUGGGAUUGAUCAACUGAGUGCAGCGCUAUCAAAGGUCACUCAUCCUAAUAAAGCAUCUCCUCUGGAAACAUUGCGCUCAAGGGAUCAUUCCCCUGUUCAACAAAAUGGUUCACACGAGCAUCUCGAUGUUGUUUCCCCCAACGACAUUUAUCGAUCCGAUUUUUACUCAGAGCAGCAUUUAAAACAGGGAGGGGGUAUGGCUGACAUCAACCAGGGUAUUCCUGUAGACGACGUCCCUCGUUCCUCUCGACUGGUCUUGUUAGAGUUCAAGCUGAACAGAAAAGAAGUAUUCUUUUGUGAUUCGAGCUUGGAUGUCAAGGAGGGCGACAGGCUCAUUGUAGAGGGAGACCGGGGUAAAGAUAUUGGGAUAGUCGUCAAUCCAGACGUCGAGAAGCAUUGGCUAAUCGCUCAGCGUCAAAACGCUGCUGCCGAUCUGGGAAUCCCAGUCGGUGCUCACGCCAAAGCCAAGCGAGUCUAUGGCAUCGCAGGCCCCAAGGAAAUCCAGUACGUUGGCUACUAA